AACGUUAUUUACAAAAAAUUAGGAAAGCCCGUGAAAGCUUAUGAGAAUUGUAAAGAAUCAGAGACUGUGGAGGAAUUACACAAUAUUAGGAACAAUGAAAACGCUAUUCACAUGGAAUCAUUGGCUGUGAGGGAGAGGAUAUUGGGCACACAGAACCCGGAAGUGCCUCGUCAUGUUGUAUUUCGUGGAAUACUGUUUGCCGAGAGUGAGAGGUUCGAUAAAUGUAUCGAUUUAUGGCUACACGCUCUUCAUCUGAAGCAGAUGAACGAUAUUCCCGUGGGAAAAGAUAUCUUGCGGUUUGUCCAGGUGUUCUCACAGAUGAUAGUCGAGGAAAUUGAAAUCGACUUCGCUCCGGUCUUAAGCGUAUUAGAAUCCUGCGUAAUGGAAUUGGCUAAUAAUAAGUCGAAAGUCAACAAUCCGGAUUCUGAAAUGGAAUCAAAUAUAAUGACUACUCUCUACAUCCUGACAAUUUUGACGAAGCUUCUGUCUCUGAAGGGGAACAGGUACGAGAUGGAGGAUAAAUGUAGAGCCCAUCAUCUGGUUCGCAGAAUCUGCGCUCUUCAGUUGAGACUGAAGGACGGCCAAACUCUGUUGCAUCUGGCCGUGAACGAGGACACGCUCGUAGACUAUUCUAUUACCAAUCACGUUUGCAAAUAUCCUUGCGCGGCCACGGCUAAACUUUUGAUAGACUGUGGUGCGGACGUGAACGCAUUGGACAGUAACAGGAAUACACCGUUACACUUGAUCAUCGACUACGGGGAACCGAUUAGCGAUUUUAUGACUAUCAACACAAUAAUUAUGGAAUUGAUCGAAGCUGGGGCACACAUGGAUACCGUCAACAACCGUUGGAAGACUCCAUACGAUGCAGUGACCACAGGUGUACCAAAGACCAUUCUAAGGACUCACACGAAACUGUCUUUAAAAUGUAUGGCAGCGAAAGCGGUGAAAUUCUACGACAUAUCCUACCGUGGCAACGUUCCACGAUGCUUGGAGAGUUUCAUCGAACUGCACGGCUUUGACCUCAACCAGUGUUAACCGUCUACCACUAGUAAUUAAGUAUUCUUCUACACAGUAACUGUUGUACUCAAAUACAUCACACACAGUGACGAA